AAAAACAUUUCUAUUUAGAGUUUUUCAAAAUACCAGUCAUUGUACAACACUUGCUGUUGUUUUAUACAAACAAAACCAAACUGCGAUUCGCUAGAAAAUUCGACCUUAUUUCGACCUCCAAGUAUUGGAAUAUUAUAGAGCACUGAUAUAAAUUUGUGAUAAUGGGCACUUGUGUGCAGCGUUUCUUCUGUCCCAAUAAGCCAGUCUAUAGCAAUGGCUGUCGCGCCUUGUUCGUCUAUCCCGCUGGAGGCACUUAUAAGGGCUACUGGCGGCAGAAUAAGCAUCAUGGCUGGGGCAUAAAGACGACGCCAGAGCGUACCGACAGCUACUUUGCGAUGAAAAAACGUCCGGAGGGACAGCUCAUCUACAAUGGACGCUGGGCGGAGGGCAAGCGCCAGGGCUGCGGCUCCAUGAUACGCAAGCGCGGCACAGAUCUGCAAGUGAUCUACUCGGGGCAGUGGUACGAUGACAUGAAGUGCGGCGAGGGCAAACAAUUCUAUCCGGACGGAUGUGUUUACUUCGGACGUUGGCUGCGGAAUCGUCGCCAUGGCAUGGGCAUACAAUGGUACGGCGAUGGCAGCAUCUAUGUGGGCGAAUGGGAGACGGACUUAAGGCAUGGCCUGGGCGUGCUUUUCUAUGCUAAUGGCAAUCGCUAUGAGGGUCACUUUGCGCGUGGCUUCAAGAACGGCGAGGGCGUCUUCUAUCACAUGCACACCGGCCAGAUCCAGAAGGGCAUUUGGGAGAACGACAAUGCGAAGGUAUCGGUUAUGCAGGACGAGCCGGAGAUCAGACGCAACGAUAAGCCCACACCCUAUCCCAUUCCCAGAAACUAUCUCAAAUAUCCCAAUGAGAUAAUGAAGGAGCUUUUCCAACGCUACAAACCGUUUGGAGAUAAGCCGCGACGUCGUUUCAACGAUAAGGUCAGUCUGGAGUUUGUGCAUAACAAACGCCAGUUUGCCUCCUUUGAGGAACGUCUGGCCACGCCCACAGGCUUGGAUCUCUAUCCAAACUCGGGCUUCGUCUGCACCUGCGAAUGCAAAAUCCUAUAAGAAACAGUUUUAAGAAUCUUUCUUUAAAAUUCAAGCAAAUGUUAAACUCACUUCAACAUUAAAUUAUGGGC